AUGAGUCGUUUGCUGCUGCGUUUAUUGCCUACUGUCCGUCCUUUGGCUAUUGCUGCCCCAACCCGCUUUGUUGCUCCGAGAGCAACUGCUCCCAUGGCCUCGUUGCUCUCCAUUCGCAACUAUGCCAGCCAUGAGCUUGACCCUGCCAACAAAAGCGAGUAUGAUGCCUAUGUUCAACAAUGGAUGAAGCAUUUUACCAAUGUCGAGGAUGACUUUGAGCUUGAGCGUGGUCUCAACCAUAUUUUUGCUGCCGAUUGGGUCCCUUCUGUUGAGCUUGUUGCUCUGACCCUCAAGGCUGCCCGUCGCCUCGAUAGUUUCCCAACCGCAGUACGUAUUCUCGAGGGUCUCAAGGACAAGGCUUACAAGCCAGAGCAAUACCAGGCAUAUAUACGUGAACUCAAACCCCUUCUUGAGGAGCUUGGUAUUCCUGAAAAACAGGAUCUUGGAGAGUUUGAUAUCAUCAGAGAACGAAACCCCUGGACUGAAUAG